GAAAUGGAAUGGAACGGUGUAAGCCCAGUGCUACCCUCUUUCAAUUGAAUUAAAAAAAAUCUACAUAAAUGCUGGAAAGAUGGCAUGUAGUAACAAUGAUCAUGAAUAUUCUGACUCGAGCGCUGGUGAAGAUGAAACCCAAAGCCAGAUCCCAAGUGCACAACGUACAUGGGAUAAACUUUUCGAAACAUUGCAGGAACUGCCGAAAGAUGUGUAUAUUGAAAGACUGUUGUCGUUGUGUGAGCACAGUAACCUAUCUAUAGAUGGAUUCAGGGAUUAUCUACUCAUCAGAGCACGAAUGGAACGCUCUGAAACACCUAAAUUCAAGCUGAUAGCAAGGAAAGGUGGACGGAGUGAAGAUCGCAAAAGCAAACUUGCUAGUGAUUGCUACGCACUUUAUCAAUUCACAGAAGGCAAUAGUGUUGCAGACCUCAUGUCAAUAUUUACGAAAACUCCAAUAGUUGACAAUGAACAUACGUCACGCUUCGCUAGAUCAUUUAUUUCAAAUGAUGAUGUUUGCGACCCUGAUUCCAUCAAUCAACAUAGUCAACCGACUACGUCAACCCACUUCUCAAUGAUGGAGACCAUGAUGUCUUAUAUAUUUACAAUUAAAGGAACAUGCGCUGAAAUUUCUCAAACCCUCGAGCUACAAAAUGCUGAAAUUAAAGACCUACAAAAACAAAUUAAGCAAUACAAACAAAGUGAACAAACAAUCAGAGACUGUGAGGCAAAAGCCAAAAAUGAGCUAAAACAUGUAAAAUUACUGUUAAAAGAAAGAGAACACGAAGUCUCUGAAUUUAAAUCCAAAAUGCAAAGUUAUGAAAAUGAUGUUAAACAACGACUAAAUGCUCUUGAAGGAAAAGUCGGAACUGUCCACAAGAAUGUUAAUGAACUUAAGGAUACUUAUUCUCGUAAACGGUUUGUAUCAACUGCUAACCAACAUGAAACAAUGGACGCUACUGAUCCCACGAGUCCAGUGCCUGACAUAUGUACUUCCCCAAAUGACCAUAACAGUAUGUCGUCAUCUCCUC